CCAGUCAUCCACCGUCUUCUCCGCCCAAAGCCAGCAAAUUUCUUCCGCCAUCGCAUUUCAAAACCCCAAAUCCCCAAACCCUCGCAGCCGAUACCGUCAGCGGCGGCCACCUGCCUCCAUGGACGCCGGUAACCCUGAGCACCGGUGCAGGUGUCCCCAUGGACCCCGGUGCACCCGCGGACCGCGCCAUGGAGGCCUCGCGGCGGCGGCCCUGGACCCCCGUGUGCGGGCCUUCCCCAUGGACGCCGCGACGCAGGCCAUGUACCGGGAGCACGGCAUGGACCCGGUCACCCUCGAGUCCGACGUGACCACCGCCAUGACCUUCCUCCACUAUGUCCUCCCCAGCCCGCCCUUCGUCUCCAGCCGCGCCGCCCUCUCCGCCGCCUUUCUCCCGCCCCAGGACGACGGCGGCGGCGUCGACCGCAUCAGCGGCCUCCCCGAGGAGCUCCUCCGCAACAUCGUCUCCCGCCUCCCCGCCAAGGACGGCGCGCGCACCGCCGCGCUCUCCUGCCGCUGGCGCCGGGUCUGGCUCUCCACCCCGCUCGUCCUCGUCGACGCCGACCUCCUCCCCGCCGGAUGCGGCUCCAGCCUGCGGGUCGAGCGCGCCCACGCGCAGCGCGUCGAGUCCGCCAUCACCCACAUCCUCGACGCGCACCCGGGGCCCUUCCGCUUCGUCCACCUCAUCUCAUGCCACAUGCAGGAGACCCCCGGCCUGCUCGCGCGCUGGCUCCAGCUCCUCGCCGUCAAGGGCGUCCGGGAGCUCAUGCUCGUCAACCGCCCGUGGCCGCUCGACAUGGCCCUCCCCGCCACCUUCUUCGGCAUGGCCACCCUCACCCGCCUCUACCUUGGCACCCUUGCCUUCCCUAACACGGCCGACCUCCCGCGCGGAGUGUCAUUCCCACACCUCCGCGAGCUGGGCCUCUUGGGCAUGGCCAUUGUGAACCGGGACAUGGACUUCGUCCUCGCCAGGAGCCCUGUGCUGGAGAUCCUCUGCAUCCAAGCCAACGUUCUGCUCAAGUGGCUCAGCCUCGUCAGCCGCAGCCUCCGGUGCGUGCAGAUCAUAGAAGGCAUCGAUCUGAAUAUCGUCGUCAAGAACGCCCCUAACCUUGAGAGGGUCAUCAUCUGGACAUCAUCAGCCCGCGAUGGCUUGCACAGGAUUGUCAAGAUUGGCCAUGCCCCUGCGCUGAGCUUACUUGGCUACUUGGAGCCGGCACGACACCUGCUAGAGAUCGGCAACACCAUCAUCAAGGCUGGGACGAAGCCAAGCCCAAGCACCACGGUCCCGAGCGUUAAGAUCCUCAGCUUAAGAGUGUGCUUUGGUGUCCGCAACGAUGCUAAGAUGCUGCCGAGCUUCCUCAGAUGCUUCCCCAACGUCGAGAGGCUACAUCUCGAGUCCAAUGAGACCGACGAGCCCACAGGCAAGGUCAACAACAAGUUCUGGCACGAGGCCGGCGACAUCGAGUGCAUCCAGUCACACCUUAAGCUGAUGGUCUUCUACGCCUUCCGAGGGGAGAGGGGCGAGCUCUCCUUCCUCAAGUUCGUCCUGGAGAGCGCUCGGAUGCUGACGAAGCUGGUGAUUGUGUUCUGCAAAGGGAGCUUCGCUUCCAUGGACGAGGCCAACUCCAAAGUGAAACCUCUGUUCGACGCAAGAUGGGCCAGCCGAGGCUGUUCGCUGGUGCUCUUUGAGAGUCCACUCGAAACGGGAGAUGACAAGUGGGUGCUGAACUUCGAGAGAGGAUCUGAUUUCUCCACGACGGACCCGUUCGCGUGCACUGCUGCUCUUCAGGGCUGCACCGUCUGAGAAGAAGGCCGGUGUUAACUGAGACUUGGAGAGAGGUUUUGGCUUUUGUACCAGGGGCCUUUUUGAGUUCAUCAUCAGACAAUGCUUAAUUUAUACUCCUAUUACAUGAACAAAAAACAUGGUUUGUGCUCUGUUGCGGUGUCUACCUGCAAAGCACUGUUUUGAUUCUCAAGCUUGGGUUGUUGAAACCUGCAAUUUCUGCUGCUCUUCAGGGCUGCAUCAUCUGAGGUGUUAACUGAAACUUGGAAAGAGGUUUUGAUUUUUGUACCAGGGCCCUUUUGAAGCUUAAUUUAUAUAUGAACCAAAAAAACAUGGUUUGUGCUCUGUUGCGGUA